GUCACGGUGGGCGGAGCUCCGUGUAAUCCAAACAGUGACAAGAUCACUCGGGCAGCGGUGGGUCGAUCGAUCGUCGCUCGUCUUGGUGCCAGCUGAGAUUUUGAUGACAGAAUGGCUGCUCAGAAGAUAAACGAGGCUCACGAGCACAUAGCUAAAGCCGAAAAAUGCCUGAAAACCAGCUUCACCAAGUGGAAGCCCGAUUUCGACAGCGCAGCCUCAGAGUACGCGAAAGCAGCUGUUUGCUUCAAGAACGCCAAACAGUACGAGCAGGCCAAGGAUGCUUAUCUGAAGGAAGCCGAAUAUCACACGGAGAAUAAAGCUCUCUUCCACGCUGCUAAGGCCAUCGAGCAAGCUGGGAUGAUGAUGAAGGAGCAAAAGAAGAUGCCGGAAGCCAUUCAGUACAUCGAGAAGGCCUGUAUGAUGUACAUGGAGAACGGGACUCCGGACACGGCCGCCAUGGCUCUGGACCGGGCUGGGAAACUGAUCGAGCCUCUGAACCUGGAGAAAGCGGUGGAUUUAUACCAGAAGGCCGCCGGAGUGUUCGAGAACGAGGACCGCCUCCGCCAGGCUGUGGAGCUGCUGGGGAAAGCCUCCAGGCUGCUGGUCCGACUGAAAAGGUUGGAUGAAGCGGCAGCGGCUCUGCAGAAGGAGAAGAACAUGUACAAGGAGAUCGAGAACUUCCCCAUGUGCUUCAAGAAAACGACGGCUCAGGUUCUGAUCCACCUGCACAGAGGAGACUAUGUUGCUGCUGACAAGUGUGUCAGGGAAAGUUACAGUCUUCCUGGAUACAGCGGGAGCGAGGACUGCGUCGCCAUGGAGACGUUACUGCAGGGCUACGACGAGCAGGAUGAGGACCAGGUCUACCGGGUCUGCAACUCCCCGCUGCUCAAGUACAUGGACAACGACUACGCCAAGCUGGCCAUCUCCCUGCGAGUACCCGGAGGAGGCAGCAAGAAGAAGAAGCCUGCCGCUCCGGCCGGUGGCACCGGGGCAGACUCCGCCCCCGCGGAGGAGGAGGACGACUUCGAAGGCGGCUUGUGUUAGUCUUCCGUCUCCACCACUCUUCCGCGUGCGAGUUCGAAUCCCAGACCGUCGAGCAAUGGAAGCACCGGCGGUCCGGGGCGGUGACCUCUCCUCCAGUCGUCUGCAGAUGUUUUCUCUUUUGUGGCGCAGUCAGUUCUCGCUGUCUUAAAUAGUGACAUCACCAUCCCAAAUACUGUCGGAAGUGUUGAUUUGUACAUAGAGAAGUGACUCAGUAUUCACGCACGCGGCGACCGAAGCAUGAGGUGUUGUGAAUAUUUAUGCUCGUCUGAAUAAACCACUUUUAUUUUCUGAAUGAGCUCAGCCAUUUUAGUUGACAAUUCUGUCCAUACUUUGACUCUCAUUCCAAGUGAAUCUCUGACGCUGACGAAGGGAUUUGUUUACAUGUUUUUAUGUGCGCUGUUGUUCCUCACAAUCAUAUCAAUAAAUGUUUGAGUCGU